ACCGUGUAGCAGGCGCUUCAUAUCGACUUUUGACAAAAUUACAAAAACUCGAAUCGUUGAGCAGAACGGACGGUGGUGCGUUGCUGUGCGUGCGUUGAAAGCUAUUCUUUUGUUCGUCUCAAUACUUGUGUGCGGUACCCGCGGUAAAAAGGCUACAAAAACUCGAAUUCCUCCAAUUUCUGUUAUCUACUACCGUCUAGUGUUCGUCGUGUCGUGUCUGCUGCAGGCUACAAUUUUCAUCCAGUAAACGAACUCGCGCGUCUUUUCCGUGUGUGUUUGUCGUCUGUCUUCCUGUGGUGUUACCGGUUUUUUUUGCUGGCUUGGCGUUCGUGUGAAAAAGAGCAGGAAGUUCGUUUAAUAUCGGGCCGAAAAAAAUGUCGCUGCAAGUGUCCAAUCAAACUACGUCCGGGCGUCGUACACCGCAGGUGUAUCCAGGGUUUGGUGCUGUGCCCGCUGGUGGAACAACCACACCAACAACCGCCACCAAUGGAAGCGGCAGCGGCACGGCAAGCAGCGGACCGAACGGCGCUGGAUCGGUGGGCCGCACCGGCAAAGCAAACAGCAAACAAUCACAUAUUCCGGUAGCGAUUGGUAGUGUGGCCGGUACACCGAACAACGCCGAAACCACCGCUGCAGCACCAGCAGCACCACAGACAGCGGUGGUACACCCCGGUACGGCAGUCACCACCGAUGGAACGCCCGGGCAAAAGUCGAUCCAGUCGGACCAUCUGUACGGCAUGAAACAGCAGGGCCCGGCAACGAUGAUUCCAGCGACUGCGGCCGCAGCAGCAAACCGCUCCACCACCAACGGAACUCAAUCGGCCGAUAAAACCAAACUUUCGCAGCAGAAAAACGCUUCCGGCGACGGUGCGGCGACAGGCGGCAAGAAGGCAGACCCCCCUACCACAGCACAACAGCCAGCCGGUGAGACUGGUUCAAAGCUACGUGCGCCAGCGAACACUCGCAACGCGCAGCAAAAGCAAUCGUCGGAUGAAGCCGCCGCCAAAGCUGCACCCGAACAGCCAAAAGCCGAAAAGACGGCCGACUUUGAAAGCUCGCUUUUAACGGAAAAAACGCUGCGCGGAUUUAUGUCGGACGGUGAGGAGAUGGAUUCGCUUCUGCUGGAACCGUGGGAUUUGGAGGACACACAACCGCUGGCACGAGCGAACGCGGGCAAAUCAAAGACGCCGAAAGCGGCACCGCAGGCGCAGGCACGCGUUAGCCCGUUCAAGACGGGAAAGCCGGAACAAACCAACAGCAGCAGCAGCCCGACCAAGAAGGGGCCGAGUGGUCCGGCGGUGGUGGUCGAGGGAGACGGUGAGAAAAAUCGUUCCCCGAAAGCGGCCCCUAAGGAAUCCACCACCGCAGCAACAACUGCACCGUCUACACCGGUUGCGGGCGGUAACGAUUCGCUGAUCGGACGUCCGCUCCGUUCCAUCUCCGGGCGACGCUCGACGCGCCCGAUCUCCGACAUCAAGUUCAUGCACACGCAUCGCCGUUCGACCGCCGGCGGCGACCAGCUCAACGAUUCCAUUUCCAGCAUGAACGUCACGAUCGGUUCGGAGAUUGGGAACGACAGUCUGUCGAUGCGUACGCCCGGAUCGGCCACGCGCAAACGCAAAGACAUGACGCCUGAAUCGACCUCGGAUAUGCCCGUCGCCGAGAGUCCGAAGCGUGCGCGGCUCGAUUUUGGCGGGUUUCUCGGUAUGGUCGGUAAGGUGGCCACCACACCGGUAACGAUGCUCAAGAACCGACUGUCCCGUGUCAACCUGCAGAGCACACCGCGCGCACUGAUCGUCGAUGAGGAGGACGCGUCGAAGGUGGUUACGGCCGAGGCUACCACAACCACAGCGAACAUUACGCCCCAGAAGGAGGGUGUUGGUGAAGACAAACCGACGGAAGGAACAAUGGAGGUUGAUGUGGCUGAGAAGGAAGAAAAAUCUGCCGAACCCGGUCGUCAGACAGUGGUACCGGGCAAGGAUGGUACCGAGCAGCAGGAAUCGUCCUCGGCCGCCGUGGCCGAUGAGGAUGAGGUGGAGGUGAAGAUCGUCUCCACCGAGCAGCAGCAGCAGCAAAAGCAGUGGUGUAGUAUUAUGUAAAGCGCGGCACAUCAUGUAACGCAGGGCCCCAAACCACCACAACACGACGGGCUGUGUCUCUCUAACACACGAUGAACCACCUCUUGCAGCCUCCCGAUCAACGUGGCACCACAUCUGUCGCUCGGUUGCAUUUGUGUCCUCCGUUUCCUGUUUUUUUUUUUUUUUAAAUCGCAUCAUACAUUGGUAAUACUUAUCAAGCUAGAGCGAUCAUUUCUGGUAGAGAGGCAACAUAUUCUCUUUUAUUUACAUGUAGAUUAGGCAUGUAUAUUAGGUUUUCAAAUGCAAUUUUGUGUUAUAGAGAGGACACAGGCAAUGAGAGAGCGAGAGAGAGAUAGGGCGAAAGGGCAGCGGGGCAGUAGGUUUGGAUCUGCAGUGAAGUUUUUCGUUUUACUUUUAUACGUGGCAAACGGAAACGUUGGCUAUAAAAAAAAAAAAAACGAAGAAAGGUAAUAGAUUUAUAGCCAUUAUCGUCGUACAACAUUAUCGUCAUUAUGAUAUGCGCGCCACAUGAAAAUUAGAAGAAACGGAACUAAUGUUCAAAAGCGAUCGUACAGAGAUCGAACAAAAAAAAACACACACACACACACCAAAAUGAAUGUUUGCCAAGAAUUUUGUACAAAAUUCACGGAAAUAACAGAGAGAGAGAGGCGCAUAUUAUACACCACUGAAAUUCGAUACUAUUUUGUACGCUCUCUUCCUUUGUGGUUCAAUAUUAGUAAUAAAAAGGGCAGAUUUUAGAACGGAGAGCGAGCGAGCGAGUUUUUUUUUAAACACUCAGAAAUGUUUUAGUUUGAGCUGCAUCUCCCUUCCACUAAUCAGUAGCGCAAUCGGUAGUAGCAAUUAAGGGACGUCCAGAAAUUGCCCCCCACCCCCCAGCAUUAUUAUGUCCGUCUUCCGUGGCCGGAGGAAACAGGCAACUUAGUGAAUAUGUAGUGUGCAAAAGCGCGCACUCUCUCGCACUAAUCUCCACUGGAUGCAAAUCGAAACGGAAAUGUGUUAGGUUAUUUGAGGCAAAUUGAGAUUAAUAUUAAUACGCCCCACAAUAGGAUUACAGCAGCCUCUUUUAGGAGAAGAUUCACAGAUUCUUGUGAAAAAUAGUUGCAGUAAUUUGAUGGCAUAAUAAACACACAUAUCACAACAUAAA